CUUACUUCUACUACUACUACUACUACUACUACUACGGCCGCUGUCUGGUGCCUCGACUGCCCUUGUGUUUGUGAAAGUGUCCCGUGCCUGUGUUCGUGCGCGCGUGCAUUAAUACACAUACAUAAUAUAUAUAUAUAUAAAUAUAUAUUGUACAUAAAUCACAUACGCAUACACAUACACAUAUGUACGUACGUACGAGGUGUUACAUUUAUACGCAAGCGUGCGUAUAUAAAUAUAUGUACAAGCAAAAAGUAUCCACACCCACUCGUACGCACAUACUUACAUCUGCAUACGCGUACUUACACGAUUAAAUACACACUUACACACGUAUACACAACUUUUAUGUAUAUAUACUAUAUAUAUAUAUACAUAUAUACACGGCGCCAUCAAUGUCGGCCGAGUCCGGCGCUUUCGCGCGGCUGCCGAAGCCUCUGCGUCUUCGUCGAUGUUGCUACCAGAACGCCGGAGUCGUGGUGAGAAAUAUCGUGUACGAGUUGCUGGGCAGCCAGCCAUCGACGAGCAACAACAGCGACUCGUAAGUCGCGGGCACAGCGGGGAUAGCCUCGCUCGAGGCUGCAGCGCAACGCCGCCGUAGCAGCAGCGCCAGCCAAGAAGAUGGCCCUGCAGCAGAGCCCAGCAAGCGCGUCCUCGAGCACAGGGAAGGAUCCCGUCAGCUAUGAGCGGCUGCGGGAGUCCUUCAUGAGAGAGCUGCACCACUUCCAUGACACCAGGGGAACAACAUUCAAGAAAUGCCCAAAAGUAAAUGGGAAGGAGGUGGAUCUCUACAAACUAUAUACACUUGUCACAUCUCGUGGUGGAUGGAUACAGGUGAACUCAAAGAAUGAGUGGGCGUGGCUCUGCGAGGAGUUCCAUCUGCCCAGCGGCUGCGUCAAUAGCGGCGUUGGCCUCAAACAAAUUUAUCUUCGGUAUUUAGAUAGAUACGAAAAGGUACACUUUCUGGGUGAGGAUGGUCAUCAAGGGGACGACGAUGAUGAAGACUCGAGGCAUCGAAAAUGGAACGCCAGGUCUCUUCAUUCCGUACCAUUGACCUACAAUCAUCAUCAACACAACAUUGCCGAGUCGCUGCGCGAGUACAAUGGCCUGUCGGCGGACCUCUACAAGCCCUCGAACUACGACAAGCUCGCGCUCUCGCUGCUCUCGCCCCUGCCGAACGAGCAGGACUUCGCCAUAAACGUCUGCACCUUCCUCUCGAACGAGGGCAAGCACACGCUGAGGCUAGACAAGUAUCCCCGGCUGGUGAAUCACCUGCUCGCUCACGCGGGCGUCUUCGACUCGACCGGCACGCGGCAACUCUUCAUCGAGGUGUACUCGCGCGUGCGCAACUACUCCAUUAAUUCCUUCUGGCAGGACGUGCUCGACGCCCAGGACGUCCUCGACCUCACCGACGAGCGGAUUUUCAUCAAGAAGCCCGUCGUCGCUGGCAACAAACGCAUCAUCAGGCGCCGCCAAGAGAAGGAGAGACAACGGAGUCAGCAGUUGAUGCCAGCCGACGACAAUCCCUCCCCCAUAGCGCUCGACAGCGGUCUGCUGGGCUGCGACAGGCUGGAGAACGGCAUCGAGAUUCUCGAGGAGCGGCUCGGUACCUCUGGCGGACAUUCGGUGAACUUCAUCGACGACAUCUCCUCGUCAUCUUGCGGCUCGUCAACGUACAAGGAUCAGAAUCAAAACUCGAUAAAGUUCGAGGACGAUGAUACGGAGCUGUUUUGCGUGGGCCGAACCCUCGGCACUCAGGAUCCUUACGGCCAGCGCGUAUUACAGAUCGCUUCGAUACUACGCAACCUCAGUUUUACCCCCGAGAACGCGGCGAUACUCGGACGUAAUCGCUGCUUCCUGCGUUUCGUUCUCUUGUGCGUGAGGGCGAGCUGGAGUAAUCUCCAUCAGCUCGGCUUCGACACCCUCGGCAAUAUCGCCAACGAGAUCGUGUUGAAAGAUGCCGGCGAGAGGCUAACCAGUGUCAUGUUAUCGUGCGUCGCUCGCGGCAUCGACUCCCAAGACAGGUUCAUCGUCAUCAGCUGCCUCGAAAUACUGAAUAAGGUCAGCCAGCAGGACCUCAACGAGGAAACGCUCACCCUCGGCCUCGAUGACAGCGUCUACGAGCUCAUCUGCAGGUUCUUGGCGCUGAGCGACAUAGCCUUGCUCGUCUACACGCUCGAGUGCCUCUACGCGCUUACGUCCCUCGGCGAGCGGCCGUGCUCGAGUGUGGCGCGGGUACGCGGCGCCAUCGACACCCUCGUCGCCCUCGUGACCGUCGAGGCCCAGAGCUACGGGCCCAAGGCUUGCAUACUCAUGCGGGUCGUCGAGACCGUCUCUUCCAUUCCCGCGGGGCAGUCGCAGCAGACGCCACAGGGCCAGCAGCAGAGCCAACAGCAGAGCCAGCAACAGACGCUCGUGCAGGCGGCCUCAGCCUCUUCCACCUCCUCAUCGUCCUCGCCGCAACAGUCCUCCUCCCCCGGUAUAAUAAGCUCGAGCGCGGUGCAUCACGCGAGCGCGGCUCCGUCGACGGGCGCGCCCACGGCAACGAGCGUGAGCGUGUCCGGGGCGACGUUGCCGACGAUGAGCGGCAGCGUUAUCGCCAACGCCGGCGGCAUGAACGGCAGCGGCAACACUAUCACCAUGGUCAGCACCCCCGUCAGCCAGCCCCAGCAGGUGCAGGUGCAGCUGCAGGUGCAACAGCCGCCACAGAGUCAGCAGCAGAUCCAACAGCAGGUGCAAUCGGCGCCGUCCAAAGCGAUGUCGGGUGGUGGGAGCUCGCCGAGGCCUAGUACACCUAAGAGUGCCGCCGCGAAAGCAGCAGCGAAUUCGUUACAACAACAGCACGCCCAUCAGCAAAUUAUCCAGGAAAAUGAGCAAUUUGCUCUAGGAUGGCUCAGAGCUACUUUCGAACUCUGCCCUGGUAUAAAAAUUGAGCAAGAAGAAUUGUACAAAAAGUACCUGGGAUGUUGCACAAAAAUUGGUAGGAGAGGCGUUAUAGCACCUCUUCAUUUCCCUCGUUGCGUCAGAUCCGUAUUCGGAGGAACGAUUGGACCGAACCCUUUAAAGGGCGAGAGCAACGGGAGCUUAUACUACGAGGGCAUUAGAGUGCGCGCGAGUCCCGGUCAAGUAGCGCACCCGAGUCAAACCGUUGCCGGGGCUAACCCGAGCCAAGUAGUCAGCAGUAGCGGAGGCAGUGUUAGCGGCAGCAACAUCAUCACCGUCGUAAGCGGCGUUGGCGGUGGCAACGGCACAACAGCAGCUAAGGUGCAGCAACAAGCACUACAACAACAGCGUAACGAUAGCGCACCGACACAAGCGUCGCCGUCCUCCCCAAUCCUCAAAGCCCAAUUGUCCGCCCCGGCGAAAGCCGCACAAGCUAGUCCCAUGAAUAGUCCAUUAAAUGCUCCGAGCCCGGUCACGAGCAACGUCCCAAUCGAGCCCAAGAGUCAGGUCUCGGUGGCUCAUCCACAUUUAAGUCAGGCGCUCCUGGCAAGCGGUGCCCAGACUUCCCAGUCGCAGUCGUCCGGCCAGCAGUUGCAGACAGUGCAGGUGAUCGUGAAGGACGAGGGUCGCUCCGGUGCAACCUCCAGCUCCAUCAUAAAGAGCCUACUGGCAACCAAGGUAACGCUCAGCGGCGAGUGCAUGCAAGGCGCCGCCGCUACUUCCUCCUCCUCUUGUGUGUCCGCUGUACCAGCAAUAACAAACGCCACUGGCGUUGCAUCCAGCAUCAGUGCCAACCAGCUAAUAACUGCCAAUCAGGUGGCACAACGUCAACAACAGCAACAACAACGUCAACAGCAACUUCAACAGCAACAGCAACAACAUAUAUCAGGCUCCACGCCAACAAAAGUCCUCGCAAAUAUGAAACCGAAACAAACCAUUAUUGCGUCCAAAAAGGUGCAGAGGCUUAAUGGUGCUAAAGUUAUUGUUACCAAUAAUUGUGAAAAGGUGGACCCUAUGGAGACGGACAACGGCACACAUGUGGCAUCCACUCAGCAGACGCAGAUGGCGAUCUCGAGUAUCGCCUCGUCAACGCUCAACGAAACAAAUCACGUAGCUGGAGGAUUGCGACUCUGUCGACCGGUACAGCCAACCAUGGUUGUCAGAGGUCAGACUCAGCAGUCGCAGCAGCAGCAACAGCAGCAGCAGCAGCAGCAGCAGCAGCAGCAGCAGCACCGCAACGUGUGUACGCCGAUAGUCGAGGAUUCUGACUCAACGAAUAACUCAUUGGCAUCGUCGAGCGGUAUCGGCGGCAGUCGUGAUUGCUCGGGCGUUGGCGCCGAGGAAGAGAAUUCGCUCACGAGUUUCGAGGGUAUUUUGCUGAAUGGCGCACCAAGCAAUCUAGACAUAGACGCUCAGGAGGACGGCUCGUCGAAGGAUUCGUCGAGUGUUAGUUCUAAGGACAAGCCAUUGCAGAGUAUUAUGUUGGCGGAUCUGCUUGAGCGAAAGCUGGAUAAGGAACCAAUUAUGAAUGGAAUAUUGGGCAAAAAAGAUUUGGUAGAAAAUCACAUUAAAAAGGUAUUGAAAGAAUCUCCGAGUGAUACGAAGAUCAAAGUGGAGGUUUCGGAGGAUGCGCUGAUCGAGGCCCCAUCCCGGAUAUGUAUAAAGCGAUCUGGAAGUAACAGCAAUGACGCGGACGAGACCGUAAAGACGAAAAAGCUUAAGUAUUCGAACGGCACAAGUUCGCCAGAUCCGAACGUCAUCGAUUCUACGACGACAAUUGCAAAUAUCAAGUCCGAGGAGCCAGAGGAAGAGAAAGAAGAAAAGGUAACUGUUUCGUCAACCGCUGCGAAUUUAUAUGCCGCACUGGCGGCAGAUAUAAUAGAAGACGAGACGGAUCUGGAAGAAACGGGAGUGACUAAGGAGGAACAGAAGCCAUCAGUGAAGGAUGAGACGAUUGUUAAGGAAGAGCCACAAGUGUCGGUUGUUUCAGGAAAUCAAGCAGCAACAAAUCAGAUAAAUCCUAACCAAGAUCAACAACAAACACAGGCUCUAUCCCAAGCUCAAGCUCAAGCUCAAGCUCAAGCUCAAUCCCAAACUCAACCGCAAGCGCAUAUCCAAACUCAAUCCCAAGUCCAAAGCCAAGCUCAAGUUCAAGUCCAAGCCCAAGCCCAAGCCCAAGCCUUACAGCAUCAUACUCAAACACAUCAGAUAGCUAUAACGCAACAACAGCUCCAGCAACAGGGUCUCCUUGUCGCCGCGCCACGGCAAAUCGUUGUCCAGCAAAGCCUUCAACCUAACAAUCAACUCGUCACCAUCCCGACAAUGAAGUCUCCACGACAGACUCACCAGAUACAGCCGCAAGUCCUGCAAGUUCAGCAAGGUCCCUGCGGUCAGACGCACUACGUUAUAUCUGGCGCGGUACCCGGACAAAAUUACGUACUCGCUCAACCGCAAACGGCGCUCGUACAAGGGCAGGCACAGACGGUUCUGGUGGCUCAGCAGCAAGGAACAAACACCAAGACGAUCAUUAUACUACAACCUCAGGCGGCGACUCAGCCACAGACCCAGAAAAUGGUUGCGGUCACGCCGCAGGGUCAGCAAGUUGUCGUGACGCAGGUGCCAAGACCGCUGCUACAAAGUCCAGCCGUGGGUAGCAUUCCACCACCCCUAGUUCCCACAUCGGGAGCCAUUACUCAGGCGUCCAUCGUCGUAAAUAGUGCCGUGGCUCAGCAAAUCCAGCAGCAACAGUCGCAGCUGCAGAAUCCACAAAACCAAACGAGCGCGAAUGUGGCGGCUGGUCAGGCGCAGCAGACGUCGAGCUCCGUACCAACGCGAAUCGUCACUCAGUCACCAGCUACGACACCACCACCUAUGAGACCCACGACGCCACAGCAACAAAGCUCUGCUGCUCCGGUAAAAACACAACAACAACACGCAUCGACACCUCCCUCUUCAUCGCCAUCUUUAAAGGAUGCAAAAGACGCGAAGUCGUCAGCCAACCAAGUUAAUUCGGCGGAUGCGGAUAGCCGCAGCAAUAAAUCCUCGACGAUGCACGAUUCGAAUGCGACGGGGCCGAGCAACAUGUCCAAAACCAUUACGAUUAAAAUCGAUCCCAAUGCCUUCCUUUGCGAAUGGAGAGGAUGCCUAAGGCAAUUUAAAACGCCGCGUAAAGUUUAUUUACACGUUUGCGAAGCGCAUUGCCCAACCGGAAGCGAGGAAACGCUCUGCCUGUGGGCGAGUUGUGACGCCUUGAAGCGACGAAGAUUCUCCUUAAUGACGCACUUAUUUGAUAAACAUUGCUCCGACGAUGUCAUGCUUAUACGACAGAAACAGUUGACUCUAUCAGGUAAAACUGAACUAUCAACCACAACGGUUCCCGCGUCAGCCCAUCAUCCAGGUUACGCGCCAAAUGCUGCAUUUCAUGCUAUCAAAAGGCACGCUUUAGAAUUUGUCAAUCCAAAGGAAUUGAUGCAAAGGCCAUCCAAGCCCGCUGCGGCCAACACUAGCUCCUCUUCCCCCAGACUCGGGCAAAAUCCUCCGCCGGAACAGGAUGAUAACGAAGGACCUGUUACGAAAAGUAUUCGCUUGACGGCAGCUCUUAUUCUCAGAAACCUAGUCAUAUAUUCCGCGCAUGGUAGGAGACAUCUUCGAGCAUAUGAACCGCACUUGGCCGGCGUAGCGUUGAGUAAUGUCGAGUCGUCCCGGACAAUCGCACAAGUCCUCUAUGACAUGAACGACCAGAGCAGCAGUGGUCAUAGGUGACCUCUUGAAAUGGGCGUCCAAGGGAAAAGUAAUUUCGAUACUUAACUCGAGCACUGAUCAACUCGACAAAAUAAUUCUGAUGGACAAAUGUGAGCUAAUUAGCCGGCUCUUAACACUGCAACAAGAGCACGAAUUUACGGCGAUGCGACAACGAUUUAACGGAGAGGUAGGACGAGGGGUUUGUUAAUUUGCGACUAUGUUCCAUAAUCGUUAAGGCGGGAAGAAAGUAAAUGAGAAAAUGGAAAAAUGGAAAAAUG